CGAACUCGCUGAGACGGACAAAGCUCCUGCAGGCUACAGACGACGAGAGAGCAAUAGCGGGGAUAGAGAACAUCUAUACACAGAGGGUUCAAGUUGAUGAGCAGGCACACGGCGGGGAUUGUGUUGGCCAAGAAGGCGACGAGGAAGUAGAGGAUACCAUCACCCAUCAACAACUUCCACAGCUGAGAGCGUCCAGGGGUCAUGAGCAGACCAAUCAAGGUCAAGAUCAAGACGAUGAGAUCCAGAUACACGAGGUUGAGGAAGAGACCCUCAACGGCUUGGACAUCGCAGGCCUUGGUGGCGGGGUUGUACUUGGCCUUGACGGUGGUGACACCAUGGAGGAGGAUACCCCACUGGCCUGCGCUGAUCAAAGCCAAGGGAAUGAUGAUGUAGAGCUUCUUGUUCCAGACGGCAACGGUCCUAUUUUCCACCAAACACGUCAGGAUCAAAAUAAAGCGAGAAUAGGCAAGGAACGGGAGGAGGGGGGGAGGGGGAAAACUGAAUUGGCAGUACUGACAGACUGGAGGCGGCACCGAUAG